AUGCUGCUCGGAGACAUGUUUCCUGACUUUGAGGCAGAGAGCACCCAUGGCAAAAUUACACUCCACGAAUUCCUCGGGGACUCAUGGGGAAUCCUGUUCUCCCACCCCAGAGACUACACACCUGUGUGCACCACAGAGCUGGGCCGAGCUGCCAGACUGCACGGGGAGUUCAGUAAACGUGGCGUCAAAAUCAUCGCACUGUCUGUCGACUCUGUGGAGGAUCAUCACGGCUGGGCCAAGGACAUCCUGGCGUACAACUGUGAAGAGUCGACUUGCUGCUCGCUGCCCUUUCCCAUCAUAGCGGACAGUAAACGGGAGCUGGCAGUGGCUCUGGGCAUGUUGGACCCAGACGAGAAGGACAAAGAUGGCAGGUCGCUCACUGCCCGCUGUGUUUUUAUCAUUGGUCCAGACAAACGGCUGAAACUGUCACUGCUCUACCCUGCCACCACAGGACGCAAUUUUGAUGAGAUCCUGAGGGUGGUGGAUUCACUCCAGCUCACUGCAGGGACAAGUGUUGCCACAUGUGCUGACUGGAAGCCUGGAGACUGUGUGAUGGUUCCACCAGACAUGUCUGAAGGGGAGGCUGCCUCUUUGUUUCCUGCUGGCAUCUACACCAAAGAUCUGCCGUCUGGCAGGAAGUAUCUGCGCUACACACCGCAGCCAUGAACACAACACUGGCCUGAAACUCUACAAUAAACCGAGGUUUAGGUUGUUACAAUGAUACAGUUUCUUUCAAGGAUUUUUCAGAAAUGUGUUGUACAUUCUGCUACUGAUAUAUUAUCAACACUGACCUCAACAUGCAUGCUACCAUGAGCACACUGAAAACACAGCUGCCAGCAAGGACAGAAGGAAAGAAACAGAUUUUAGCCACAUAACAAAAGGCUCACAUGAUAAAAUUAUUCCCUGCUUCAGUCUAUGGUAUCUCAAGAAUAUGUCACCCCUGCACCAUAGUUCAUAAAUGGAGUCAGACAUUUUACAUCACAAGUUUAUAAUCCACUGCUGCCUCCAUCAAUUAGUUCAAAUAUGUCAUCUUGUAGGACCACACGGUUGGUUUGGUGGUUUGCCUUUGCAGCAAGAAGUGAAAUGGCAAAAGAAGUUUCUAUAGUCUACCAGUCAUUAUGUCAAAUACACAAAUUCAGCUGGUUUGAAAUGUCAUGUACAUUUUGGUCAGUAUAGUUUGUAGACUAAGACAAAAGGAAGUGAGCUCUGCAUGUCAUAAACACAUGUAAUUAGGUAAUGAGGGCACAGAAGACAACCAUAACCCGACGUAUGUUUCCCACACCACAGAUACCAUCUGACAAAUGUGCUGUUGCUGUUGCAAACACACCACAAUGAAAGCUUUUGCUGACUUCCAA